AUGAGAGACAACGUUAGAUUAUCUAUGGCGGGAAAUGUCAGCAAAUCUCUCUCUGCGCAUUCUUCUUUCACUCCAUCUCGUUUACUUUCGUCCUACAUAGCCUCGAUUCCAAAUUUAGAUAUCAGCGGCGCCAGCGUUCUCUGUGUGUUUUGUCCAUCCUCCCUUUAUAUCUUGUAUCACUCUCUCACUCUUUCUUUCUCUCUCUCCCUCUAUCUCUUUCUCACAUACACACCUAAAUGUGUUCACAUUUUUCUCUUUAAUUGUCCUCAUUCUCUCUCUCUCUCUCUCUCUCUCUCUCUCUCUCUCUCUCUCUCUCUCAACCUCGUAUUCUUGCCAGUCCCUUUCUUUUCCUCUACUUCCGCCGCCAACCACUCUCUUUUAUCUGUUUCUAUCUCUCACUAUUUCUCUCACUUCCAUUCUCACUUUUUUGCCUUCUCUCAUUACUUUCUCGCUCUUUCUUUCACCGCUUUUGUCUUGUUCUUAAGGAAUAUCUUUUGUGCUUUUUUCUUUCCGUCUCUUAUUUAUGAAUUCUCCUUCUAUUGUCUUUUCUUAUUUUCAUUUUUCUCUUAUGUUAUUCAAUCUUCUUUUUAUCUAUUCUACAAAUUGUCAUUAUUUUUCUUAAUAUUGCUCUCUAAUCUAUUCAGACCACUUCAAGUCUGUUCUUAUCUCUCAUUCGAAUCUAAUCAAACAAUUUAUCGCUAUCGUCUCACUCUCUCUCUCUCUCUCUCUCUCUAA